AUGUAUACAAAUAAAAUGAUAAAGAGUAUUAAUAGCACAGUAAUUGUACUGUGUAAAUAUAUUGGGAAAAGAAAUGUGCGGAAACAUUAUAACUAUUCAUCUUUAGUGCACCUUCCUAUUAAAGAAAAUAAACAUGCUACAUUCUUUCAACCUUUAAUAAGAUUAAUAAGCAAAAUAGCUGCUUCGAAAAAAUUGCAAGAGUUGCUAAAUGUUAAUGCUUAUAGAGCAAGUUGUAUGGUAUCUAAUCAUACCAAUUUGACUAAAUUAUCUACAGAGGAGUUAGAGAAAAAUUAUCAUUUUUGUUUGGAAAAUGGGUUAAGCAAAGAGACACUACUGGCUUACCCAAAUAUUUUAUCUGAUACUGCAUUAAUUCCAAAAGUUCGUAAUUUAAAACUUCUUCCGUACGAUAUAAAUGUAAGUGCUCCAUUACUAUUAAUUCCACUGAAGAGAUUUAUGGGUUUUCUAAAUGAGGAACUGGCAGUGAAAAGAAUCGAGGAAUAUAAAAAUCUGUUUCAGGUAGAUGUAAGUGAUGUAUGUAAAUGGAUAUCUACAAAAUCUUUUUUAACAUCAAUUAAUAUCAAUAAUGUAAAAGAAAAUGUACACAUUUUAUUAGAUGCUGGUGUCACGCUACAAGCCAUAAUCAAUGAUCUUUGGGUGUUAAGAUAUAGCCCAGGUGUCAUUGACGAUAGAAUUAAAUUAGCAAAACAAAAUAAUAUUGAAGUUAUUAAAACUUGGAUGGUGCGAGCUCAAAAAGAAAUAUUUGAUAAUUAUGUUAGGCGAAGAUCGGACACUAAAGAAAUCUUAGGCGAUAAACAUGACCUGGUUGAAUACCUCUCAGAAAAACUAGAGUGUUCUUUGGAAGUUUCAAAGUUUUUAAUUUCUAAACAGCCUGCUCUUCAAAAGAAGAGUUUGAGGAAAAUGAGUGGGAUGAUUGAUUUUUUGCUACUAUAUGGAUUCAAACCGAUUCAAAUCUGCAGGUCUCCUAAAAUUAUGUUGCAUAGUGUGGAAACUAUAAGAAAAAGACUGAGAGAGUUGGAAACGAGUAAUAUACAGUUGGAUUCGUUACAUAUUCUGACAAAAAGUCAGCGACAGUACAUGUCUUUUAUUGAUUCUAUGAAGGCAAAUAAAGGCAAGA